GAUUAUCAUAUUUUUUAUUUUAAGAAAGACUGAAAUGUCAAUCAAAAUCAAAAUUGUCUAAUAUAUGAUUAUAUAUAAUAGUAUUAAUCAUUUUGGUAUUCUGACUCAUACAGAUUGUCUGACAGAUCGAAUUCUCAAAUAUAAAACUAACCUAAAAAAAAUAAAUUUCAAAUAGUCAAGAUUUCUAUAAUUUUUUCAUUUAAAUAUAGGUAAAUAGGUGAUAUUCUAUUACAAUCAUGGAGUGGUUAUUUGGGAAAAGAAUAACUCCUGAGGAAAUGCUUAGAAAAAAUCAAAGAGCAUUAAACAAAGCUAUGCGAGAUCUUGAUAGAGAAAGAAUGAGAAUGGAACAACAAGAAAAGAAGAUCAUUGCAGAUAUAAAAAAACUUGCUAAAGAUGGUCAAAUGGAUGCAGUGAAAAUUAUGGCAAAAGAUCUUGUAAGAACUAGACGCUAUGUGAAAAAAUUCAUGCUAAUGAAAGCGAAUAUUCAAGCAGUAUCUUUGAAAAUUCAAACUUUACGUUCACAAAAUACCAUGGCACAAGCAAUGAAAGGAGUCACAAGAGCAAUGCAAAAUAUGAAUAAACAAUUAAAUCUUCCUCAAAUACAAAAAAUAUUGCACGAAUUUGAAAAACAAUCAGAGAUAAUGGAUAUGAAAGAAGAAAUUAUGAAUGAUGCAAUUGAUGAUGCAAUGGAAGAUGAAGGUGAUGAAGAAGAAAGUGAUGCUAUUGUGUCCCAAGUUUUGGACGAGUUAGGCCUUCAAUUGACAGAUCAAUUAUCUGGUUUACCACAAGCUUCUGGUUCACUAAGUGUAGCAAGUUCUAAGCAACCAGUUGCAGCUGCAACAGGAAAUGAUGAAGGUGGAAAUAUUGCAGAUGCGGAUGCAGAUCUUCACGCUAGGCUUGAAAAUUUACGACGUGAAUAAGAAAGUGUUAUGUAGCUGAAAUGUAUAAAAGAUGUAAAAAAAAACAUUGAUUGUAAGCAUAAUUAAUUUUAUAAUUUGCUUUAUAUUUUAGUUGAAAGCAAAUACUUUUAUUAUA